AUGGACGCAGCAGGUCUCCUCAAAAAACAAGGCUGGCGCGGCCUCGGUCACUCUCUCGACACAGAGAACAAGGGUCUCCGUAAACCGCUUCUCGUCAGCAAAAAAGUCGAUGUACUCGGUAUUGGAAUCAACAAGUCCGAUGUUAUUCAAGGUCAAUGGUGGUUGAAAGCCUUUGACAGCAGUUUGAAAGACUUUGGAACUGGCAAGAAGAGUAUCCUGGCGAAUGUCAAGGAGCAGGGAAUCAAAAGAGGUGGACUGUAUGGGCGAUUCGUACAAGGAGAGGGUGUCGCAGGGACGAUAGGUGUUGUUGAUCCGAAAAUCGCUGCGCUUGCAUCUGCUGUUGGGCCCGCCGUGGGUAUCAAGAGAAAGGCCGAGGAUAGCGACGACGAGGACCAGACGGAGAAGAAGAAGGCGAAGAAAGACAAGAAGGAAAAGAAGCGAUCAAAAUCCUCAUCCGACUCAUCCUCCGACGACGAAAAGAAGGCCCGCCGUGCAGCCAAGAAAGAGAAGAAGUCAGCGACCGCCGGUGAAGAUACCUCCGAUGCAACGACGAAGAAGAGCAAGAGCAAGAAAGAGAAGGCCGACAAAUCGCUGGAUGGUCUACCAGAGGACAAGCGCAAGCAAUACGAAGAGCGCGCUGCAGCAAAAGGAGUCACAUUAAAACAAUACUUUUCUCAGCGACAAGUCAAGAAUCUGGAAGCGAAAGAGUCACGACGAAGCGGCACCACCACUCCUGCCACAGAACCUGCCUCUGAAGACUCGGCAAAGGACGACAAGAAGAAGGAAAAGAAGAGCAAGAAGGACAAGAAGUCGUCAAAGAAGUGA